ACGCAGUGCUUUCAUAACACCACAACAUGGGGAAUGAUCUUCGCUAUACCUCAUAUUUGUAUUUUUUUAAAAAAGAUUAAACAAGAUUGCAGAAGACAGAAUCCUGAGAAAUAAAUCAAACCUGAGAAAUAAAUCAAACCUGAGAAAUAAAUCAAACUUUUACAGCUAAGCGUAGUGUCAAUAACAGAGGCCAGAAAGCACCAGGUAGAGAGAAGACACCGCCAUGCCCUCCCUGGUGAAGGAUUGGCUACCUCUUGGCCCAGUAUGAAUGACUUGGUUCUUAUCCCGAAAUCAGCAAAGAAGAGGUUAAGGUUUGCUCCAUCUCUUUUCCUUUGGCUUUUCCCCUCCGCCAUCCUGUUUCUCCCCACCCAGCCGGCUCAGGCAUACAGGCACACUCAUCGUUUGCGACCAUGACUCCCUGCCAUAAAACUCUUUGGCCCUUCACCCCAACCUGCCGUUACUUGUUGGUCAGCUUCUUGAUCUGUUUGGCCGAGGAUGGCUGCUGAAUAAGUAAGACUGCCGUCACCUCCUUCUGGAUUUCUCAGUGGUCUGGAGUUGCCCUUCUGCCUUGCGGACGCCGUCAGGCGCACACCAGCGGGCCAUGCAGCGGAGACGCUUGUGCGGCUUCAUCAUCAUCCUGUGGUGCCUUUGGGACAGGAGCGCUGCCAUCACCAGAAGAUAUUACAUCGGGGCAGUGGAGACGGAGUGGAACUAUACGCCUGCCCGACAGAAAGGGGAGUCCUCCUCUACUACAGACACUCUGUACAAGAAGGCCAUAUAUUUGGAAUACACAGACUCUACCUUUACACAAACAAAACCCAAGGAUGCUUGGAUGGGCAUUUUGGGUCCCACCAUUCGAGCAGAGGUCUAUGAUAAAGUGGUUGUCAUUUUUAAGAACUUGGCUUCCCAGCCGUUCAGCAUCCAAGCCAUAGGGGUUUCCUACUGGAAAGCUUCUGAAGGAGCUGGCUAUGACGACGAGACCAGCUGGCCAGAGAAACAAGACGAUGCUGUGGCGCCGGGCCAGAUCCAGACGUACGUGUGGGAGAUAGCACCAGAACGAGGGCCCACCGGCUCUGACUCACAGUGUUUGACCUAUGCCUAUUCGUCCCACGUAGAUAGCAUCAAGGACACCAACUCCGGCUUGAUUGGAGCGCUGCUCAUCUGCAAGCCAGGGACGCUGAUGAACGCAGGAACGAGGAGCACAUUGCAGGAAGUUGUGAUGCUGUUUGCAGUGUUUGAUGAAAGCAAAAGCUGGUACUCUGAAGACAACGCCUUAGAAAAUGGCCUCUCCACGGGGAACAGGGCUCAGCAGCUACAUACUAUCAAUGGCUUUAUGCAUUCCUCCCUCCCUGAGCUCACCAUUUGCCAGAACAGACCAGUCUACUGGUACGUCAUUGGCUUGGGCACCAGACCUGAAGUCCACUCCAUCUUCUUUGAGGGCCACACUUUCCUCGUGAGAGACCAUCGCCAGGCUACUCUAGACAUCUCCCCCGCCGUUUUCCUCAGUGCUGAGACAAUGCCUCGAGCCAAUGGCACCUUUCGGAUGUUCUGUCAGAUCCCUUCCCAUCAGCAAGGUGGCAUGGAAACUUUCAUUCGCAUAGAUGUCUGCCCAGAGCCACCUCAGAAGAAGAUGAGGGUUGCCGAAACUACUGAGGAUGAUGAGGAGUACGAUUAUUACGGAGAGGCUGACAUGGACAGCACGGUGAUUGACAUGGCUGAAUUCGCACCCAGGAUUGCUGGCCGUUCCCGCGUCAAACGGUUCCCCGUGACAUGGAAGCAUUACAUUGCGGCCGUAGAAGUGGACUGGGACUACGCUCCAAACAAGCACGCUAACCUGAAGAGUAAUAUCACCAAUCAGUUUCUGGAACGUGGCCCGCAGCGGAUUGGCUCCGUGUAUAAGAAAGUAAGAUUUAUGGAAUAUGAGGAUGGGACAUUCAAGAAGAGGAAGGCACCAAACACCGAUCACAUGGGGAUUCUGGGCCCAGUCCUCAAAGGAGAAGUUGGCGAUGAAUUUCUGAUUGUAUUUAAGAAUCUGGCCAGCAGGCCCUACAACAUUUACCCCUAUGGCAUCACCAACGUCACUUCGUUUUUCCACGUCAGAAGCACCGAACACCUCAAUAUGAAACUCUUGCCAAUAGGACCUAACCAGGUAUACACGUAUAGGUGGAAAAUCAUGCCCGAAGAUGGUCCAGCUGGAUCCGAUCCACACUGCCUAUCUCGCUACUAUUACAGCUCCAUUAAGCCUGCUAAAGAUUUAGCUUCUGGGCUUAUUGGCCCCUUAUUGAUCUGCUCAAAAGAGACCAUGGAUCGAAGAGGGGUUCAGAUUAUGUCCGAUGAAGCAAGAUAUGUGCUGUUUUCUGUCUUUGAUGAAAACCGGAGCUGGUACUUGGCAGAGAAUAUCAACCGAUCCUGUUCUGAUGCAGCCACGGUCAACCCCCAGGAUCCUGAGUUCUAUGCCUCCAAUGUCAUGUACAGUAUCAAUGGCUAUGUUUUUGAUAACCUACAACUGAAGCUUUGCAAGCGUGAAGUAGUUUAUUGGUAUGUCCUGAGCGUAGGCGCUCAGACCGAUAUCCUGUCUGUCUUCUUCUCUGGGAAUACUUUUAAACACAACACGGCCUUUGAGGAGACCCUGACCCUUUUCCCCUUCUCUGGAGAAACGGUCUUCAUGUCCAUGGAGAAUCCAGGCAUAUGGAUGCUGGGAUGCUUGAAUCCUGACUUUCGAAGACAAGGAAUGAGUGCCAAGUUCUCUAUUUUCACAUGUGCCCAGGAGAUGGAGUUUGGGGAGAGUAUAGCUGACUAUUAUGAUGAAAGCCUACCAAAAGACUACAUGGCUCAAGCCAACAUCCUACAACCAAGAAGCUUCCGGAAGAAAAGAAAACGUCUUCAGCCUUGUGCAAAGAACCAAUGGGAUAGUGCCAUUACCUCUCUGGAAAAUGAAACUUUGGAAGCGAACCAUGUUUUGGCUCCAUGUCUUGAACUACCCAAACAGCAUGUCAAGCUAAACAGCAAAAAGAAUUCCACCAACACAUUAGUUCAUUUGGGGGAAGCUGUACACAAAGCUGACAUUUCCUCACCUUCUUCUGAAGAGUCAUCUUUUGAGAGGCCUAGCAAAGCCUUUCCAGUAGAAGAGGAAUCCGGCACUGUAUCAACCAUGCUCAAGCAAAUCUUCCGUGACCAUCGGAUUUCAGGAAAUCUGUCUCUUGGUCAUGAAGAACCACAUCCUAGCAAGAUUCCACUGGAGACGACCACCAGUCUGGAGGAUGAGCAGCUUGUGUCUGGAAGGCCCAGGCCAACAGAAGGAACUGGGGUGACCCAAGAGAGUAUGGUACGACAGAAGGCCGCAGAGGAUAUAAACUCUAAAUCAGACCCUCCGUUGGAAAAAAUGCAGGCACUUCUCGGACAUCAUGUAGCUAUUGUUCAAUCAAAGGAGCCUUUUGAUGGGGAGGGCCUUGCAGGAAACAUGGCCUUGAAGGCAAAAAAUUCCCCUCUUGGCGUUAAUGAUAAUUUAUCAAUAAGAAAUAAAGGGGAUCCAGAUUCCCAGUUACCUGAAAGAGUUUCACAGGAACCUGUGGAUACAGCUGAAAGAUGGAAUACUAGGACAUUAAUAUCAAAGAUGACAUUGACAGAGGAAUUCCAGACAAUCUCUGAUGUAAAUGAAAGCACCUCCUUCAAUAGGAGUAGUGCAUCUGCAUCAUCAACUGGCAUGAAAAGCGAGCAAGCUUUUCAGGACAUGUCACGGGAGACUCAAAACUCUGGUCUGUUGACAUUAGAAAUCAAUCCUGGGGUUGACAGCCUGGCACCAGGAGGGGAUGGCACGGCCUCUCAAGAUUCAAACAGCUACUCAUCAGAAGAACCAGCGGUCCAAGAGAAUGAACCGUCUGCAACUACGGAAUGGCUGCGACCAGUUUCCUUGCUGGUUUCCACAACUACUGAAACUAAAGGCAUAUCUACACCUUCAAGUGAAGAUGUAUGUCUGGAAAGCAAUGAUACACAUACAGUCUCCCAAGAAAAAGCACAUGAUGUACAUCCUCAAGAUCAUGAGACAGAGAAGAUUGUGCAACUCAGACGGAAUGACGCUAUGAGAGACACCCUUUUUUUGAAGGAACCCAAUUCCUUGUUUGCCCAAAAUGGCGAUGACACAGAUCCAGAUAGACUGAAAGGCAAUCUAAAUAUUACAGACAAGGACAUAGAUACUAAUGAUAUUCUGAAUAGUAACGGUAGGUUCUCUACUCAUCCCUCUCACUACAGUAAAGAAACAGAGGACUUAACACGCCAGGGAGGUCUCCAAGAAGCUGCCCAAGGAAAAUAUCUCUCUGGGGGAGAGAAUGAAGCUUCUCCCAGAUUUCAAGCCACACCAAAUGAGAUCAGUAUCCCAAAUUCCCAUAGAGUUCUGGGAAAACUUGUGAAACAAAAUGUGACACAACAUAGACCGGCAGAGACUAUAUUAAAGUUUCCCAGAGGUAGCGUAUUGGAAAAAAAGAAUGUUUUUUAUGAAGAAGGUUCACUUCCAUCACAACGAAUUAACUUGUUAAAUGAUACAGGUUCUAAGGAAAGGCUUAUAAGAAAGAGAAGGAGCAAACUAUAUCCAGACUUUCAUAGCCAUGAAAAAUCAUCAGAUGAGCCAAAGAAGACGGCCUGUCAACAGGGUCCUCAUGCGUGCGAUGGUCACUUUGAAAAUAAAUCUCCGAAACUACAGCAGGUCACAUUGGAAGGAACAGAUGCUACAGUGGCAAGAGAAAAAAACAGUUCUGGUAAAGCUGAAGGGCAAGCUUGGGCUUUAUUCAAUGGUAAUGUUUUCAAGACAAGCAGUAAUGCUACAGCCGGUAUAAUCGGGACAUCUUUGUUAGGUAAAGCUACAGAAGACUAUGAAACAGCCAGCCCUGGCCACAUACCAGUGCCAUCUUCUCCAUUAAAUCCAACCCAGUAUAAUCUUUCACAGUUCCGGAAUAUUCUUGGAUCCCAAGCAGGCGGCACACAGAGAGUCACUUCAGAUGGAAGCAAACAGGCUUGGAGAGAGAGCAGUUCACCUCAGAAAAUGGUGGAUGCGGACAGUAUUAAUAUGAUCCCUGGUUACUCCAGGAAUGAAGUAGUCAUAGAGGAUCAUGGCACAGAAACCAAGCCAGGACUGGGCUCCAGUGUCCUUGCAGAAGGAGAAAUCACAGGUGCCCAUAUCUGUUUCCAGGAGAACUUGGGGAACAUAAAUGAGGGCAGUCCUCCGGGAACAUCAGAGGUACCAUCAAGGAGGCAGACUGACUGGGAAGCUUCUUUGCAGUUGCAGCUGCAGGAAUCUAACCCAGAUCAGGAGGAAACGCUGAGGAAGGCAUCUUUGCUGGACAUCUCAAAGAGGGAAGAGGUGAACAUUUCAGCCACACAGGGCCCAAGAGGAAAUGACUUACUCCAUCAAGAUCACUCUGCCAUCAAUCGGACCCUUCCACAGCAGCCAUGGGUAAAAACAGAGGGACGGAAAGAAAUCAAGCUGCUUAAGGGUGAAGAAGGCAAUGUUUCUCCCUCAGCAUUUCCAAGAAAGAAAGAGGAAGAAGAAAAAAAUGAUGGCAUUGAAGGAUUCAAUAAAAGCAAGAACACACCCCCAGGAAACGUGUUGAACAUGGAAGUUCCCAGGAUAGCGUACAAUUCCAGCAGACCAGCAGAAGCAAACUUAUCAAAGCAUCUGAAAGAGUCCUCUGACUAUGAUGACUACAGCAAUACUGAGGAGAACAUAGAAGAAUUUGAUAUAUACGGGGAAGAUGACCAGGAUCCAAGGGGUUUUACUGGAAAAGUCCGACAAUAUUACAUUGCAGCAGUUGAAGUGAUGUGGGAUUAUGGAAGUCAUAUUCCCUCACCAUUCCUAAGAGACAAGAAUCCGAAGAACAGCUGGAAGAAGCUCUCCAGGAAGUAUAAGAAAGUUGUUUUCAGAGAGUAUCUGGACAGCUCUUUCACUCGGGCGGUGAUCCGUGGAGAACUGGAUGAACAUUUGGGCAUUUUGGGGCCUUACAUCCGAGGACAGGCUGAAGAUGUCAUCAUGGUGACAUUCAAGAAUAUGGCUUCCCGUCCUUAUUCCUUCCAUUCCAACCUGCUCCCAUACGAAGGCACCAUGGAGGAAAAGGAACAGCCCAUCGGGGAGGCAGUGCAGCCAAAUCAGCUCCGAGAGUACUUGAUCAAAGUGCAGCCCCACAUGGUUCCCACCACAAAUGAAUUUGAAUGCAAAGCUUGGGCGUAUUUCUCCAGCGUCAACCUGGAGAAAGAUCUGCACUCUGGCCUGAUUGGGCCUCUGAUUAUCUGCCGGUCUGAGGUUCUGAGCACCGCGCAUGUACGGCAACUGGACGUGCAAGAAUUCUCCUUGCUCUUCACCAUCUUUGAUGAGACCAAGAGUUGGUAUGCUGAUGAGAACCUUGGAGGGAGAUGCCCGCCCCCCUGCCCCAAAAGGACAGAGGACCCCACCUUUAAAGCAAACCAUUCGUUCUAUGCGAUCAACGGCUACGUGAAAGACACCCUGCCAGGGCUGGUGAUGGGUCAGCACCAGCGAGUCAGAUGGUACCUGAUGAACGUAGGUGGUGCCGAAGAUAUCCACUCCGUCCAUUUCCACGGACAAGUCUUCACCAUCAGAACAGCCCAGGAGUAUCGCAUGGGGGUCUACAACCUCUAUCCUGGUGGUUUUGAAACAGUGGAAAUGCGCCCAUUCCACCCUGGAAUUUGGAGAGUGCGAUGCGCAGUUGGUGAGCACGAGGCGGCUGGAAUGAGCGCCCUCUUCUUGGUAUACAACCAGCAGUGUCAAGUUCCCUUGGGUCUGGCCUCUGGUUACAUUGCUGACUCUCAGAUUACAGCUUCAGGGCACUACGGUCAAUGGUUCCCCAGUCUAGCCCGGCUGGACAAAUCUGGAUCCAUCAAUGCCUGGAGUACUGCCCAAAAAAAUGCUUGGAUCCAGGUGGACCUGCUACAACCAAAGAUCCUCCAUGGAAUAAAAACACAAGGAGCCCGACAAAAGUUCUCUAAUCUCUACAUCUCCCAGUUCGUCAUCUUCUACAGCCUGGAUGGAGAAAGGUGGAAAAGUUACAAAGGCAAUUCCACCAGUGAGCAGAUGAUAUUCUUUGGGAAUGUGGGGGCAACAGGUGUGAAAGACAACGCCUUUGACCCUCCCAUUAUCACUCGCUACAUCCGCCUCCACCCCACCCACUUCAACAUCCGGAACACACUACGUUUGGAGCUUAUUGGUUGCGACCUGAACAGUUGUUCAAUACCACUGGGAAUGGAGAGCAAAGCGAUUGCCAAUGAACAGAUUUCCGCCUCCUCUUAUGUUGACAACGUGUUUGCCACGUGGUCUCCCUUUCAGGCCAGGCUGAACGAGAACGGCAGGACCAAUGCUUGGAGACCAAAGGUGGACAGUGCGACAGAGUGGCUGCAGGUGAACUUUCUUAAGACCAUGCGAGUGACAGGGGUCGUGACCCAAGGCGCAAAAUCCGUGUUUACCAAAAUGUUUGUACAGGAAUUUUCCCUUUCAAGCAGCCUGGAUGGCAAGAACUGGACUCCUGUUUUGCAGGAGGAGGAGGAGAAGAUUUUCCAGGGAAAUCAAGAUCAUACCAGCCCUGUGGUGAAUUUUCUGGAUAUACCAAUCUUUGCUCAGUAUUUGAGGAUACAUCCACUACGCUGGCAUAAGCAUAUUGCUCUCCGAAUGGAUAUUUUGGGCUGUGAAACCCAGCAAAUGGACUAGUGAGGAUGGACUUGCUUUUUGCUUCCAUGGAGAACUUUCAGCCAGGCUGGCACACGCCAAAGGAACAUGCUUAUAAACCCACCGCCCACUGAAUUUUUGAAAACAUAUAUUGUAACAUAGAAAGCAAAUGACAGUAACUGGAAAAUGUCUUCCGGGGGGCACGGGUUAACAGCUGUAUUGUUCUGUUGCAGCAAAAUCGGCAGAAUCCUGUAGCAUUUUGUAGAUUAAAAUAUUUCAUUUGAGAUAA